GACCAGUAGCUCUCUUCCCGAUUGAAAGCCUCGACCACCAUUCCCCAGCUCUGCAUCUCACUCGCUUCCCACGGCGCGCACGCAGCCUGCAGAGAAGUGAGAUCCAUCCCGGCAAGGGCGCCGCCCAGCAUGGCCGAGACGCUGCUCCUCCCCGUGGUGCGCGGCGUGAUCGGCAAGGCCGCCGACGCGCUCGUCCAGAAGGUCACCGCCAUGUGGGGCGUCGACGACGACCGCCGCGACCUGGAGCUCAAGCUGCUGUACGUGCAGUCCCUGCUGGCCGACGCCGAGGCGAAGGCGGAGGCGGAGAACGAGGCCGGCCGCGCCGUCAAGGGGUGGAUGAGGGAGCUCAAGGCCGCCGCGUACCAGGCCGACGAUGUCCUCGAUGACUUCCAGUACGAGGCGCUGAGCCGAGAGGCCCAGAGCCUUCGAUCUACCACCAGCAAGGUAAAAGAUUUCUUCAGCUCAAGGAAUCGACUCGUGUUCCGUCAUAAGGCGAGCAGGGACCUCAAGAACGUGCUGGGCAAGAUCGACAAGUUAGUGAAGGAUAUGCAGAAGUUUGGUCUGCUGCAACGCGAGCCAGAGGCGCCGCAAGCUCUGAAUCGGCAGACGCACUCUGCGCUCGAUGAGUCUGCGGAAAUCUUUGGAAGAGAUGAUGACAAGGAUGCUGUGGUGAAGCUGUUACUGGGGCAGCAAGAUCAGCGGAGCGUGCAGGUGUUACCAAUCAUUGGAAUGGGAGGUUUGGGCAAAACCACACUAGCAAAGAUGGUCUACAAUGACUGCAGAGUUCAGAAGCACUUUGAGUUGAUGAUGUGGCACUGUGUGUCGGACAACUUUGCAGCCAUUGCCAUUGUGAGAUCCGUAAUCGAGUUGGCCACAAAUGGAAGAUGUGAUCUACCUGACACCAUAGAACUGUUGCAAAAAAAGCAGCAGGAAGUCAUUGGUAGGAAAAGGUUCCUAUUGGUUCUUGAUGAUGUGUGGAACGAAGACCAGCUCAAGUGGCAGGACAAUCUGAAGCCACUACUGUGUUCUUCUAUUGGUGGAUUAGGAAGCAUAAUAGUUCUCACAAGUCGAAGCCGGCAGGUUGCCUCUAUAAUGGGCACUCUUCCAUCCUUUGAGCUUGCAUGCCUCAGUGAAGAGGAUUCAUGGGAGUUAUUCUCAAAGAAAGCAUUUAGUAAAGGAGUGGAAGAGCAAGAAGAGUUCAUAACAAUCGGCAAACUUAUUGUCAACAAGUGCAAGGGGCUACCUCUUGCUUUGAAGACAAUGGGUGGAUUGAUGAGCUCAAAAUAUCAAAUCAAGGAAUGGGAGGCCAUUGCAGAAAGCAAUAGGGGUGGCAACAAUGAAGUAUUGUCCAUUCUAAAACUGAGCUACAUGCACUUGUCAUCUGAAAUGAAGCAGUGCUUUGCCUUCUGUGCGGUUUUCCCAAAGGACUAUGAGAUGGAUAAGGAUAGGUUGAUCCAACUGUGGAUGGCGAACAAUUUUAUUCAUGCCGAGGAAUCAACAGAUUUGAUAGAGAAAGGUGAAUUUGUUUUCAAUGAGUUGUUGUGGAGGUCAUUUAUCCAAGACGUGAAUGUCAAGAUAAUUGCUGGAUAUAGUUGGUUACCGUAUAGGGAAAUUAGAUGUAAAAUGCAUGAUUUAAUGCAUGACUUAGCAAAUGAUAUCACAGAUGAGUGUGCUUUUGCAGAAGAGUUGAUUCAGCAGAAAGCUUCAGUAAAUAAUGUACGUCACAUGCAGUUGCCAUGGGAUGAAUCGGAAGAAAUCACUAUAUUAAUGAGAAGCUCGUCAUCUCUCCGAACUUUAUUACUUCAAAAAUCAAAGCAAACGGAUCUUAAGGAGAUAGUAAAACUGACAUCAUUAAGAGCGAUCCGUUGCCCAGACCCAUAUAUUAUUCACAGGCUCAUAAAUACAACGCAUUUAAGAUACCUUGAUCUUUCCGAAUCAAAAAUUGUUAGAUUGCCGAAUUCAAUUUGUAUGUUGUACAACUUGCAAUCAUUGAGGCUCAAUAAUUGUGUGAAGCUACGAUUUUUACCGGAAGGCAUGCAAGCUUUGAGGCAGCUCACCCAUAUUUAUCUGUUGCUAUGUACUAGCUUGGAGCGGAUGCCUCCAAAGCUUAGUCUGCUGAACAACCUCUGCACAUUGACAUCAUUUAUUGUGGACACCGGAUAUGGCUUUGGUAUCGAGGAGCUCAAAGACUUGAAGCAACUUGGAAACAGGUUGGAACUGUUCAAUUUGAGGAAAGUAAAGAGUGGAUCAAAGGUCAAUCUCCACGAGAAAAAGAAUCUAACUGAACUGCUUUUGUGUUGGGGACGUCACGCAGAUCACAAUCCAUUGCAUGAUGAGGUCAUAAGUAAUAAUCAGGAAGUACUGGAAUCGCUUGUACCUCAUACUAAGCUCAGAACAUUGGGGCUACAUGGGUAUGGUGGCCUGGCGAUCUCACAAUGGAUGAGAGACCCCCAAAUGUUUUGUUGUCUGAGAGAACUAAAGAUUUCCAACUGCCCGAGAUGCAAGGAUCUGCCAUUAGUGUGGCUGUCAUCCCCUCUCGAGAAAUUGCAUUUAAGCUUCAUGAACAGCCUGACCACGUUAUGUAAGAACAUUGAUGCGGAACCUGCAGGAUGUAAUACCUCUAUGCAAAUUUUCCCGAAGUUAAAAAUGAUGAGGUUGUAUAAACUGCCGGAGUUUGAGAGAUGGGCACAAAACAGCACGGGAGAGCCUAAUAGCUUGGUGAUGUUUCCCCAGCUCGAACAGCUGUUCAUCACGUAUUGCAACAAAAUUGCAAAUCUUCCGGAGGCCCCAGCUCUCACUUCUGCAUGUUGUCAUGGGGAGUCUGCAGAACGUAUAAUUCCUAUGAGCAUGGAGUGGGGAUCUUUUCCAUCUCUUGUCCACUUGUCCUUUGGGAUGCUAGUAGACGUGGUGAUGCCUGGGAAGGACCAUGAAAACCAAAACCAAAAACCUCUAAACACCCUUAGAAGUUUGUCUCUACAAAGUGACAAUGGAUUCAUAUCAGUGUUCAAGUUAUCCAAGUUACAACUUGGGCUUGGGGAUUUUUUGGUGUUCGUGGAACAAUUGACAAUAUUCCAAUGCGACAAUAUUGUCAGCUGGCCAGUAGAGGAGUUCCGAUGUUUGGUUCGCCUUCAAUAUCUGGGGAUUGAUUCGUGCACCAAACUAGAGGGGAGGGGAUCAUCCUCUGAGGAAUUCCUUCCGCUGCCCCAGUUGGAAAGGUUAAAUUUACAAAGAUGUGGUAGCUUGCUGGAGAUUCCGAAGUUGCCCGCUUCACUUGGGGAAUUGGAUAUUUGGGAAUGCCACAGUUUGGUGGCGCUGCCUUCAAACCUUGGGGAUCUGGCAAAGCUGAGGCAUCUCAGGUUGUUCUGGUGCUCUGAGCUGAAAGUGCUGCCAGACGGCAUGGAUGGCCUCACUUCUCUUGAGCGAUUGAUGAUCCAUUCAUGUCCAGGGAUAAAUAAAUUCCCGCAGGGUCUCCUCCAGCAGCUCCCAGCCCUCAAAUCCCUGAAAAUAGAUGGCUGCCCGGACCUGCAGAGACGUUGCAGGGAAGGUGGGGAGUACUUCGACUUGGUCUCCUCGAUUCCAGAUAUAUACAUUCAACCACCCUAUGAACCCGAAACAAAGAAGUCUGUGAAGAGCAGGUUGCUCCCCUGGCGUGUAGAUGGGUCUUCAAGUAUCUGAGAGGUGCUGAUGAUUCGUAGGCAACCAACCGGAUAUGUCGUUCAGCGGCUCCUGCAACAUGACGCGCCCCUCAUUUUGCUUCAUGAGCAUCAGUGGUUAUUAGCGGUUCGGUUUUGUUUACUGUAUUACAGUACACUAAGCUUCUCUUUGUCCUCGUCAUUUUUCAUCCCAAGUACAUGCCGACUGCCGUUCUGAUGAAAGAUAUCUGUACAUACCAGCUUUCUCGUGAUCUACUACGUUGUAUUAGCGGAUAUCAACAUAGCACUGUAUACUCCAUCGCCAUUUACUAAUGAUUCCUGCCUCAGUCCAA